GUCGAAUCCACAUCCAUAACUGCAUCCACAGCGAGUGGGGAAGAAGGACAAGCAGGACAUCAUGGCGAGCAUGAAUUUUGCCCAGUUUCUUCGAUAUUUCUCGAGCUCUGCUAUCCGAUAUGCGAAGCCCGGGGAAGCAGGAAGCGCCCAUCUCGCGGCCCAGAAGAUGUGGAGGAACCUGACGUUCUUCGUGGCUUUCCCCGCGAUUGGCCUGUGUGCCCUCAACGCCUACCUGGCCGAGAAGGAACACCACAAGCACUUCCACCGACCAGAGUUCAAGAAGUAUGAGUACCUCUACAUCCGGACCAAGAGAUUUCCCUGGGGAGAUGGCAACCAUGGCCUGUUCCACAACCCCAAGGUGAACGCCCUGCCGGAAGGCUACGAGGACGAACUGUAGCGCCACCACCGUCCACAGAAGAGGGAACACUAGGAAAGCUAGAACCCAGCAUUACACGAAUAAAGGAAGUCACCAGU